UGAUCUGGAGGAGAACUUGGCGAUGCUCCUUCAUAUUUUGUCAAACUAGUUCUUCUUCACAGCCAGUGUUCGCCUUAACGACUAAAACAAUUCCGACAAAAACAUCCCAAGGUGGCUAUGUCGUCUCUUCGAGCCGCCUUGGUGGUCUUUUUAGCGGUUACAUCGGCCGCGUCGCCAUACUGGUCCAAACUGAGGGUAGGUGCUUGACGCCUCAUUAGCAUUCCCACAUAGUUUCCUGGCAGGACACGCCCCGCUGUAACACGAUUGGCGCCUGCAUCGCGGAAGGGCAAGCGACGCCGAUGGAACGAGAUGACCAUCCUCCGGCCUGGAAGCAGUAGGGCGUGCUCUAGUCAUACAACAGCCAAUCAUAUUGCAGCAGCACGUGUGCCGGAGCCAGUAAUAUUUGAGCAGGGCAUGUCCUGCCUGGAAGGCAGGUGGGAAUCUUAAUAAGGCGUCCCGAACAACACAACAGCGCCACCACCAGAAUGAACACGCGCUCUACGGGAGACGCUUCGAUUAUGCGUCAAUCCAAUCCAAGGUCCGAUCGGGGUGAACCUUUGUCCCGAGGAGCCCGUGCGGCGCUACCUGCUGCGUCCUCGCUCCAUGUUCUGCGAGUUCCUGCCGGAGAGCCGCUCGGAGGACGAGACGACGGCGGAGGCGUUGUUCCUGGACGCGUUGAAGGAAGUCGUCGCGCGGUGGCUGCUUGACUACUGCUGUGUCGGAAGCGGAAUCCUGGAUUUCUUCCCUGGUGGCGCUUUUAGCCAGGAAGUGUUCGUCGGGCCUAUCGUCAUCCGUCCCUCGUGCUUGAAGGAUUUAAGCGCGCGAGCGCACAUCUGCCUGAUGUCAAUUGAGUGCAAAUCGUUGACAUUUGACAAUGAGGCUUCGGAUUCGUCGAUGGCCGUGCGGAGUUUCUCAUUGAGGGAAUCGGGCUCCGUCAUGAAGGCAGAGGUGGCAAAGGACGCAAGCGUCUGAUUGGCCGCCGCCUCACAGGGAGCGGGAUGCGGGAGCGGCAGGAGGAGAGCGGAAGAUGCGACGAUCUGGCGCGCAACUUCCUCGCAGCAUGUUUGGAUCGGGCUCCUUUUUGGGCUUUUUUUACCUUUUUCCCCCGAAAAUGGUCGACCGCCGCCGCCCUCGUGGAGCCCCCCUCGGCCACGCCUCUGGAGUGAUGUGACCCCCUCCUGACCCCCACCCCCCGACACCCCUCCCUUGCCCCCCGACCCCGAAGCGGACUCAAGAUGCCGGUGAUGAAGGGGCUCCUGGCCCCCCAGAACACCUUCCUGGACAACAUCGCCACUCGCUUCGACGGCACCCACAGCAACUUCCUGCUGAGCAACGCGCAGGGCCAGCGCGGCUACCCCAUCGUGUACUGCUCGGACGGCUUCUGCGAGCUGACGGGCUUCACGCGCACCGAGGUCAUGCAGAAGAACUGCAGCUGCCGCUUCCUGCACGGCGCCGACACCAGCGAGCGCGUGGCCCAGCAGAUGGAGAAGGCCCUCGAGGGACGCCAGGAGUACCAGGCCCAGGUGCACUUCUACCGGAAGAACGGAGUAAGCUUCUGGUGCCUGCUGGACAUUGUGCCCAUCAAGAACGAGAAGGGCGAGAUGGUCCUCUUCCUGUUCUCCUUCAAGGACAUCACCGACAGCCACGGAAAAUGUCACCACAACAGCAGGAGGGAAGUUUCGGAGGAGGACAAACAUCGGCGGAGGAAGGGCAGCUCCCACCUGAGCGAGGCCCGCAAGCGAGGGCGCAACCUGUUGUACCAGCUCACCAGCCGCUUCUCCCGGGGCGGCAAAGGCGACGUCAACCUGGGCGAAUAUUGUCAGAGCGCGACGGAGCGGCCGUCGGUUCCGGAGUACAAGGUGGCGGCGGUGCAGCGGUCUCGCUUCCUGCUGCUGCACUACAGCGUGUGCAAGGCGCUGUGGGACUGGCUCAUCCUGCUGGCCACCUUCUACGUGGCCGUCACCGUGCCGUACAACGUCAGCUUCACGCCCUACGACGACACCGUCGCCGCCGCGCGCUCCACCAUCGUCAGCGACAUCGCCGUGGAGAUGCUCUUCAUCACAGACAUAAUCCUGAACUUCCGCACGACCUUUGUGAGCCAGUCGGGUCAGGUGGUGUACCAGUCGCGCUCCAUUUGCAUUCACUACGCCACCACUUGGUUCUUUGUGGACCUGGUGGCCGCUCUGCCCUUUGACCUCCUCUAUGCCUUCAACAUCACAGUGACGUCGCUGGUGCACCUGCUGAAGACGGUGCGUCUGCUGAGGCUCCUGCGACUGCUCCAGAAGCUGGACCGCUACUCGCAGUACAGCGCCAUGGUUCUCACGCUGCUCAUGUCCGUGUUCGCCCUGCUGGCGCACUGGAUGGCCUGCAUCUGGUACAUGAUCGGGCGCAAGGAGCUCGAUACCAGCGAGUCCUGGGAAAUCGGAUGGCUCCACGAGCUGGGCAAGCGUCUGGAGACCCCCUACGCCAACACCACAGCGGGGGGCCCGUCGGUACGGAGUUCGUACAUAGCCGCCCUCUACUUCACCCUUAGCAGCCUGACCAGCGUGGGCUUCGGCAACGUCUGCGCCAACACGGACGCGGAGAAGAUCUUCUCCAUCUGCACCAUGCUUGUGGGCGCGCUGAUGCACGCCCUGGUCUUCGGGAACGUGACUGCCAUCAUCCAGCGCAUGUACUCGCGCCGCUCCCUCUACCACACCCGCAUGAAAGACCUGAAGGACUUCAUCCGCGUGCACGGGCUGCCCCAGCAGCUCAAACAGCGGAUGCUCGAGUACUUCCAGACCACCUGGUCCGUCAACAACGGCAUAGAUGCCAACGAGCUCCUGCACGACUUCCCCGACGAGCUUCGCGCCGACAUCGCCACGCACCUGAACAAGGACAUCCUGCAGCUGCCCGUCUUCACGGGCGCCAGCCGCGGGUGCCUGCGCUCGCUCUCGCUGCACAUCAAGACCUCCUUCUGCGUGCCCGGCGAGUACCUGAUCCGCCAGGGCGACGCGCUUCACGCCAACUACUUUGUGUGCUCCGGCUCCCUGGAGGUGCUCAAGGACGGCACGGUGCUGGCCAUACUGGGAAAAGGCGACCUGAUCGGCUGCGACCUGCCGGAGAGCGAGCAGGUGAUCAAGACCAACGCGGACGUGAAGGCGCUGACGUACUGCGACCUUCAGUACAUCAGCGUGCGCGGGCUGAGGGAGGUGCUGCAGCUUUACCCCGAGUACGCCGGCGUCUUCGCCUCCGACAUCCACAACAACAUCACCUACAACCUGCGCGUGGGCAGCCAGGACCAGGGGCUCGGCAGGCUUUCGAGGUCGCCCGCGAUCCCGCAUGAACCGCGACGGACGCCCACGGCGGAACGCAAGCGCGAGGAUUCCUCGGACUGCUUCCACUUGUCUCCGUCCACGCGGUCCCGCCACAACCUGUUGCUGCCCAGCCUCAGCAGCCCCGUGCGCCGCACCUCCCUGGGAAACCUGCUGGGCGACGAGCUGCGGCAGUUCAGCGCGCUGCGGCGCUGCCGCUCGCCCGACCCCGGGCGCGGCUUCCUCGGCCGCGGCGGCGCCUCGUCUCGGACGCCGGCCAAACCGGAGCGCGACGCCUCUCUGGCCGACGCCGGCGACGAGCGCGAGCCUUCGAAGCUCCUCAUCCCCGCCGUCGCCUGCUUUGGACCGCCGGAACUUAGUUCGAGGGUCGUGGACGGCGUCGAGGACAACGGGCGAGCGUUCCAUUUCAACGUGGAGCACAGACGAGGAAGCGGCGGAACACGAGAUUCCACGCAGGCGAACGCCCAUGUGCUGCUGGAGACCGACGAGGUCCGGCAGAGCAUCGGUCAGCUCCACCAGAAGCUGGGCGACUUAAACCAGGAAGUAUCGGAGCUGGCCGGCGGCCUGUGCCGCAUGACGCGGCUCCUCCAGGCCCACGUGAGCGCCCAUCAGAACUCGCACCUCCACCACCGGCAGACGCCGCCCGCCCACCCGGGCCGCAGUAGCCGCCCGGCCGCCGCCGCCCAAUGUCACCGCGCCGCCUCGCCGUGGACCCGAGAAGGCUUCCCCGGCGGAGGCCUCGUCUGCCCGACCGCCGUCAGCCGAUCCCAGCCCGCUUUGUGCCCGCGGCCCGACGCGGACCCGCUCGCCGCCCCCCCCCCGUCUCCCGGUUCGUACCCUCUUCUCGGCCUGUGCCCGACCCCGCACGAGGAUAUUCCCGACGCUAUAAUCCGACGCUCGCAUCCUCCUUUCCUCCCUGCUUCUACGUCCGCGCUCCCGGUGCCCUCUUCGCUCCAAGUGGACCACCCCGGUCUGGACCACUCCAGCCUGGUGUGCCUGCCGGGCGGCCGUAGGGACAGCGAAAGCACGUCCAGGUCCAGCGUUGGGGUGCAGACGCAGAGCAGCGAGCAGUCGUGGUGCCUGGACCUCACGGAUUGAAAAACAAACAGUUUCAAAAAAAAAAAAAACCCCAAAACUGGUGGGACUCUGCCCUCCUGCCCUCACUUGGGGCAACCAGGCUCGCAUGGUUGUCCAACCUCAUGUCGUUUUUUUACGGAGGGAAUGUUUAGGCACUCAAAAGAAAACUUUGCACACAGAUUAAAAUAAACAAAUAAACCAGUCAAAUUGUAAGGAAAAGAGAAAUUCAGAGUAUCAUGAGAGAAAUCCUCACCACUUUACAAGAAUAAAGGUGCAGUUUAUUUUAUUUUUCUAGUGGGGGUGAAAAUGACUUUUUUUUUUUUAACCAUGCAACUUUGUUCUCAUAACGUUCCGAUGUCAUAUUUAGAUUUGAUUCUCGCAGCAUUGUUUGAUUUGUUCCUUUUUCUCCCCAUGGCCCGAAUUCUCCUGUGUGCUUUUUAGCUUUUCUUGUGCUUUUACUGACGUAGUUCACAGCCAACAUUUUCUCCCCGCGUUACGUCCUCGCAUGGUAAAAGGAUUUAUGUAUUCCCCCCACCCCAAGAUAGAAGUUUCCAAACGGUUUUGUCCGCAUUCGACGAGCCGCUCGCGUGUCGUGUUCAGGAUUUGCAAUGGAAUGUUUUUUUGCUUUUUUUGGGUGAGCGAGCAGAUUACGAAAUCAACCUCCCUGAGGGGACGGAUUUUAUUUAUGUUGGAUCAUGGCAGCGAAUCAAUAACAUCAAACAGUACGGGAAAUGAGAAAUUUCGAUGGAUGCCUCUUUUUUUAGAAUAAAAUAUAAAGCAACGUC